CCUAGGACAAUAAGAAAGCAAGAAUUUGAUUUUACAUGGUUGUUAGUUGUCUUAAAAAUAUGGACACUUUUCCCACCGUUUUUCCUCCUGGUGGAGAUAGUGGACUAACAAGUUCUCAGUCCGAGUUCCAAAAAAUGUUAAUCGAUGAAAGGUUACGAUGUGAACAUCAUAAAACUAAUUAUCAAACUCUGAAAGCUGAACAUACAAGGUUACAGGAUGAAUAUAUGAAGUCACAAAAUGAAGUGAAGUGCCUAUUAAAUGAAAAGCAAACUAACCAGGAAAAAUUUCAGCUACUGCUUGAAGAGUUAAGAGGGGAAUUAGUGGAGAAAACUAAAAACUUAGAAGAACUGAAGCUGCAGGUAUUAACUCCACAAAAAUUGGAUUUAUUAAGAGCUCAAAUACAACAAGAAUUAGAAACUCCAGUGCGAGAGCAAUUUAGAAAUCUAGAUGAAGAGGUAGAAAAAUAUAGAGCUGAAUACAAUAAGCUUCGCUAUGAGCAUACAUUGCUUAAAUCAGAAUUUGAACACAAGAAAGAAGAACUUGCACGACUCUUAGAAGCACAAAAAAUAAAAUAUGAAUCAGAGAUUGCACAAGUAGAGAAAGAUAAAGAAGAGCUAAGUAACCAGCUGCUGAGUGUUGAUCCUGCAAGAGAAAGCAAACGAGUAAAGCAACUUGUUCAAGAAAAACUCCACUUGUGUCAGAAAUUAAAAAGUUUAGAGGAAGAAGUAGCUGAAUUAAGGGCUGAGAAAGAGAAUUCUGGUGCUCAGGUAGAAAGCAUCCAAAGAGUUCAGGUGCGGCAGUUGGCUGAGAUGCAGACUACCAUCAGAUCCCUGGAGGCUGAGAAGCAGUCAGCUAAACUACAGACUGAGCGCUUGGAAAAAGAGCUACAAUCAAGCAAUGAACAGAAUACUAUUUUAAUCACAAAAAUGCACAAAGCUGAACGAGAAAUAAAUACAUUAGCUAGUAAAGUAAAAGAACUUAAGCAUUCAAACAAAUUAGAAAUAACAGACAUCAAAUUGGAGGCAGCAAGAGCUAAGAGUGAGCUAGAAAGAGAAAGGAAUAAAAUUCAGAGUGAACUGGAUGGAUUACAGUCAGAUAAUGAAAUUCUGAAAUCAACUGUUGAACACCACAAAAUGCUCUUAGUUGAUAAGGAACGUGAAUUAGUACGCAAAGUACAAGCUGCUAAGGAAGAAGGCUAUCAAAAACUUGUAGUAUUACAGGAUGAAAAGCUAGAACUGGAGAGCAAACUAUCGGAUUUGGAGAAAAUGAAGGUGGAGCAUGAUGUCUGGAGGCAAUCUGAAAAGGAUCAGUGUGAAGAGAAGUUGCGGGCGUCACAGCUGGCAGAAGAGUCAGCCCGAAGAGAGCUUCAGAACAUUAGGUUAAAACUUCAACAACAAGCUCUGAAUAUAGAAAAUGCUGAAAAAGAAAAAAAUAAAAAUGCAGACCUGAAAGAGCAAAUCAAUCGUUUGCAAAUCCAAGUGACCUCACUUAUGCAGUCAGAGAAUGAGUUAUUGAAUUCAAACCAGCUUCUGAAGGAAAUGGUGGAGAGAUUAAAACAGGAAUGCCGAAAUUUGAGAAGCCAAGCUGAAAAAGCACAAAUAGAAGUUGAAAAGACAGUGGAAGAGAGACAGAUACAGUGGUUGGAAGAAAAGCAUAAACUUCAUGAGCGUAUUACAGACAGAGAAGAAAAGUAUAAUCAGGCUAAAGAGAAACUGCAGCGAGCUGCCAUUGCCCAGAAAAAGAGAAAAUCUCUUCAUGAAAACAAACUGAAGAGACUACAGGAGAAAGUAGAAAUCUUGGAAGCAAAGAGAGAAGAAUUAGAAACAGAAAACCAGGUGUUAAAUAGGCAAAAUGUUCCGUUUGAAGAAUAUACAAGGCUCCAAAAAAGACUAAAGGACAUACAGAGAAGACAUAAUGAAUUUCGAAGUUUAAUUUUGGUUCCUAACAUCCCUCCAACAACAUCCAUCAAUCCUGUUAGCUUUCAGCCUCCAACCAUGGUUCCAGGCGUGGAAUUAUCGUUUCCUCCUCACAUGCAGGAAGAACAGCAUCAAAGAGAACUCUCUCUGCUUCGCAAAAGGCUGGAAGAACUAGAAACAACACAAAGAAAACAGCUAGAGGAACUUGGAUCUCCUGGGGAAUGAUAUUCUUAUAAAAAUGGCAGAUCAAAGGGAUGAAAUCAGAGUCUCAAUAAAGCUUGAAGUUUUCAUAUAUGUGGCAUUUAGAUACCUUAUUUUUGUUUGCCAAAACACACCAAGGUGCUUCAAGAAAGAGUACCAACUACCUGCUCUGUUGCAUGAGGGUUUUUAGGAUCGCCCUAAUGACAGUGAAGCAAUAGAAGUAGUUUGAAAUGCCUAAAUAUUUGACUGCCCUCCAAGAAAGAAA